AUGAAAAGCCUUUGUUGCUAUUUUGCUGUCUCAUUUACGAUUUCAAUAAUGCAGUCUAUUACUUAUGUUGAGACAAUAUAAAUAAUCAGAUUAGUCUGUUGUAUACUGAAUUUAUUUGCAUUAAAAAUGAAUAAAUAUGUUAGCUAAGGAAUUUUAGUACACAAAGUAAUACUGUUUUUAUGUGGACUCUUAUCUCAACAAAAUGAAAGUAUUUUAUAGUUUGCUAUGGAUGAUUAUUUCAGUCAAAUGAUGUUAAAAACUAAGCAUUUCAUUACAUUCUGGAGAUUAUUUAGCAGUUUGGGAGCUGUGUUAUUAGCAUAUCUUAAGUAUUAAUCCUAAGAUUCAACUUAACUUUCUCUGACUAUUUUAAUUCCCUUAAUGUACUUGAUCCCUCAAUUGCCAUAAAUUUAUCGAUAAUACUGGUAGACAAGGGAGGAAGAACAAUCUUAUUCUUUGAGCCCAAAACAAACUACCAGGGAUUAUAUGCAAAUCCGUUCCAAAUUUGAGGAAAUUAACCUCAUUGCAACAAACCUAGAUUAAAAUAACAAAAUAGAUAUAGACUAAUUAAUUCGUAAAAUAGCAUAUAGCCAAGAUAAAUAAUUUGUCCUACAGGAGAUCAAAAUAUUUAAUGAAUAAGUUUGGAGAUUGCGGAUGAAUGCAAUGCCAAUUGGAAUUUGCAUUAUUGGCAAUUAAAUUAAACCAAAAUUCAUGAAUAACACAUUAACAAAUUUGAUAAAGAAAAAUUGUAUUGAUGAUAAGGGUUAAAGUCUUGAAGAAAUCUAUGAGUUAUUUAUGAAGACCCUGCAAUUUAAAAUGGUUGACUUUGCUGGAUCAUACGAUUUACCGUAAUCAGCAAUCCUGAAACAUGAGAAAUAUUAGCAAGUAAAAAUGUAAUAAAAUGAACAAUUUUUUGAAGAAGAACAUUAUUGCCUAUUUGAUUUAAUACGAAAAUUAGAGGAAGAGCAAUUUGAUAGAUAUUUUAAUAAUUAGGAUUAAAUAAUAGAAUUAAUUUCUACUUUUGAAAGUCCCGUUAAUUAAAAGCAAAUAUUUUUUGUUUGCCAUGUUCUAUUCUAAGAUAGACAGAAUAUCGAUUAUAUGAUAAUUAUUUAGGAUUUCACAAAACAAAAUGAAUUAUCAAAAUUAGAAGAGCAAAAUAAAUUCAAGACCAAAGUUGUAUAAUCAUUCUCCCAUGAACUCAGAACUCCUUUGAAUAGUGCUACUAUCUUUUUAAGAUCUGCCAUAGGGGAUUCAAAUUUGAAUAAGGUUAUAAAGGAACAAUAUUUGUAACCAUGUUUGUCUGCCUUAAAAUUGCAAAAUCACUUAAUUAAUGAUAUCAUUGACUUUAGUUAGAUAAAUGCAAAACUCUUAGAUUUGAAAUUCAGUUAGUUUGAGCUCUCUAAAAUAAUAAAAGAAAUCUCUGAAUAAUUUAAAUUUUAAUUCGAAUUUAAAUUAAUUGGACUGGCUUUUGAAAUUACAAAACCUAUGUCUCUAUUAACUCUCAUCAAGACUGAUUACCAAAGAUUAUUACAAUUGCUCACAAACAUAAUUCAAAAUGCGCUGACAUUCUCUGAAAAAGGAUAUGUAUUAGUGAGCAUUAACAGUUUUGAAAGAAACGAGAUAAAGUUUUCUAUAAAAGACGAAGGCAUCGGUCUCACAAAGAAAUAGCUAUAUUCGAUAAGAGAAAUCAUAACCCAAGAAUAAUAGACAACAAUUAAGACAUAAGAGUGGUAAGGAUUUGGUUUGAUCAUAUGUUAAAUGCUCCUAAGAUACUUAUCGCCUAUAAAUAGAAAUAGCAUCUAAAUCGACUCCAAUGGUUAGGAUUCUGGAACAACAGUUUCCUUUACGAUAUCCAAUCACAUUGCUGCUUAGACCUAGGAGCAGGUUUAUAAUUAAAGUUCCAAAAAGAUCUUGCCUAGAAUGAGAAGUAUGCCACAUUUGAGGGCAGAAUAUGGAUUAUUAAUUUGUAUCAAAGCAAAGUCUCCCAGUAAGAUAUUGUUAUCAAAAACAACAGAUCCAGAGGAAUGCGAUUUAUCUAGUUCGUCAAUCCGUGAGGUUGGGGACAAGGUAAGUCGUUAUCAUUUGAAGCAUUGCUCAAUUGAGAUUCUGAACAGCAGGAGUCCUUCAUAUCUGAGUCAACAUAAAAAUCUAUCUGUUUCUUAAAGCAGAAAAGCAGGAUCCUAUUAGUUAUCAGCCAAUGAAACUGGUUUAAGUAAUGUGUAAUAGGGGUUGUCAUGUUGCAAUACGAUUUUAAGUGUAGAUGACGAAGUGUUCAAUCAAAAGUCACUGCAAUUGUUGCUCAGAUAACAAGGUUUCAAUGUUGACAUUGUAUUUAAUGGGAGACAAGCUAUUGAAAAGGUCAUACAUCCUUCGAAAUGUUGUCCGACAUGCAGCGGCUAUCGGUUUAUUUUAAUGGAUUGUCAGAUGCCUAUUUUGGAUGGUUGGAUGACCACCAAAAGAUUGAGACUUAUGAUGUAAAAUGAACAAAUCCCUACCAUCCCAAUCAUCGGAUUGACUGCUUUUACGAGCAACGAGGAUGUUGAGAAGUGCAAGGAGGCUGGAAUGCUGAACAUUUUACAUAAGCCAUUGGAUCUCUCAAAAUUUCAAUAAAUAUUAGCUGAACUUCAUAUUAUAUGA